AGGGGGAUUCCUUGCUGUGGGAUGUGGAUCAUGGCCGUGGGACGUGGGGAAGGGCUAUGGGAUAUGUGGAAGGAGGAUUCCUUGCUGUGGGAUGUGUAGAAGGGCUGUUCACUGCUGUGAGACAUGGGCAAGGGGUGUCCAUUUCCACGAGCAGUGCCAGGACCCCAAAUCCCCCCCGGCAGUGACUCUCCCCUCUCGUCCCCUCCCGGCGUGUCCCGCAGGCCUCGGGGACAUCACGCAGCAGCUGAACCAGAGCGAGCUGGCCGUGCUCCUGAACCUGCUGCAGAGCCAGACCGACCUGAGCGUGCCGCAGAUGGCCCAGCUCCUGAACGUGCACUCGAACCCCGAGAUGCAGCAGCAGCUGGAGGCCCUCAACCAGUCCAUCACGGCGCUGACCGAGGCCACGGCGCAGCACCACGAGCCCCCGGCGGCGCCGCCCGAGGAAGCCAUAGAGGAGCCCCCUCCGGAGGUGCCGGAGGAGCAGCAGACUCCGGACGCAGCCAGCGCUCAGGGAGACAUGCAGAACGUGCUGGCGGUUCUGCUGAGUCAGCUCAUGAAGAGCCAGGAGCCCGGGAUCCCAUCCCUGGAGGAGAGCAACGGGGAGAAGAGCAGCGAGCAGCGGGCGCCCCGGAAAACCCCGACGAGGCACCCGGAGGAGAGCUCAGCGUGUCCUCCUGGCAUUGUCCCUCCAGAGAAGAGACCCCCCGAGCCCCCCGGACCGCCGCCGCCUCCUCCCGUGCCCGAAGGGGAUCUCUCCGGAGCAGCCCAGGAGUUGAAUCCGGCCGUGACGGCUGCGCUGCUCCAGCUCCUUUCCCAGCAGGACACGGAGCUGCCCGGCCAUGCCACAGCCACGCAGGAGCCCCCGGCCCCGAGGGACUACGGCCGCUCCCACCCCACCAGGACUUACAGCGCCGACGGCUCCGAGGGGGGAUUCGGUGCCGAGGAGCUGAACUCGGGCCAGACGCUUCUAGAACCUUCUGCCCAACCCCUGGGGAAAAGCAGGACCUUCUUGGGCUCCGUGAGCCACCUCGGGGAGACCAGCAACUACCAGGGCACGGGAUCGGUGCAGUUCCCAGGGGACCAGGACCUGCGUUUCGCCAGAGUCCCCGUCGGCCUCCACGCGCUCGGGCAAUCCUUCGGCAAAUCCGAGGGGAGCAACAACGCCCUGGGACACCCCGAGGCCAAAAUCCAGAGCUACGGCGAGUUGGGGCCGGGAACGGCCGGUUCCAGCGGGGCAGGGACGGGUCCCAGCUGGGGAACCCCCACCCAGGCGCCGUCUUCCUACGGGAAGGUGUUCCGAGGGCCUGGCAGAGUGCCUCCGAGGGGGGGCCGGGGCCGGGGGGUUCCCUACUGAGCAUUCCCGGGUUCCCCCUCCCCACCUUUGCCUCUCCUCCUUCAGCCACAGGACUCGGUUUCCUUUGGUUCUUUGGCCAGAGCAAGGUCUCUUCCCGCAUUUCAGCUGCUGCAGAGCCCCCCCCCCCCCCCGUGCAUCCCUCCCUCCCUCCCGCCCUCCCUCGGGAUGUGCCGAAGGGUCCAGACCCUCCCGCGCUGGGUUAGUGACAAAAACAGUCCCAGACUGAGCCAGGGGAGGAAGGAUGGGAGGGGGAUUGAUGGAAAAAUAGGAAUGAGAGGAAGAAGGAACUAAAAU